UGUAAACGUCAGUUGUACAGGCUACUUUUUCAUAACAUAAAAUCUAUAUUAACGUAAUGCUGUUAAUAUAUAAACCUAUUAAUAUAUAAAUUUGAAUUAUGAAUCCUGAAAAAUUGACGAAUUGCAUAAUGACAAUAUUAAAUUUUUUAGCUAUGUGUUUUUAAACUUAUGCUCACAUUAUGUAAAUGAUGACAUUGCCUGACGUUUUGUAGCACACCAGGUUUCAGAAGUAUAUACAUGUUUUGCUAUUAUUAAAGUUGAUACAAGAUAUAUUGGAAGCAGAGACAUAUCAACAUGUUUAGAGAUACUCAAAAAAUUAUUAUAGAGGAUGCACUCACUCCAUCGGCACCAUAUGUCAUAAAUGUCAGGAUGGAAGAUUUGCUAGAAAAAUUGAAAUUAUUAAAUUAUGAUGCAGAAUUUGUACAGGAUUUAAAAAUAAAACCAAUAAACAGGCAUUAUUUUGUCAUUCCAACCAAUCCUGGGGAGCAAUUUUAUACAUUCACAUGUCUGGCUGCAUGGUUGAUUAGAAAGGCUGGAAAAAAUUUUGAGAUGCCUCAAGAAUCAGAUGAUCCUAACUCAAUGAUAGCUUUGAUCUUGGAUUAUCUCAGAGAUAUUGAUAUACCUAUAGAAUUCCCACCCAAUAAACUCAAACAGGGUACUGGAGAACAUGCAGUUUAUGUCUUGGAUAAUUUGGCUGAUAAUGCAUUAAAGAUAGGAAAUUUCAAAUGGAACAAAGUCAGCAUUCCACCCGAUGAAUCCACACCAGAACCAGAUAUUGAGGAUGAUGACGCAGAAUUAAUUUUAGAAAAGGUUGAAGAAGAAAUGAUGGCAGAAUAUGAUGAUGAAGAUCAAGAUAUGUUGCAUGUAGAUGACAUUACAAAAUUUUACAGUCAAAAUACUAAUGAAGGACAAAAACCAGACAGCAUUUUGGAAUCUAAAACUAGUAGGGAUGAAUGGCAAUUGGAAUUAGAAAAAGUUCUACCUCGAUUGAAAGUGACGGUUAAAACAGACUCAAGAGACUGGAGAGCACACCUUGAACAAAUGAAACAACUGCGUGCAAAUAUUGCAACUAAUUUAAGUGGCACGAAAACUCAAUUAAGUAAAAUAUACACCGAUAUCGAAAAUACUUUAGAUAAAAUUAAAACUAGGGAGACUUAUCUGAAUAGACAACUUGAGUCUUCUUUGACAGAGUACCGCAUGUUGCAAGAGGAACUGUCAAAAGUUAAGGAACAAUAUAGAGAUGUUAGUGGUGGUGUUACAGAAAGGACAAGAGUUUUAUCUAAAUUAAUGGAAGAACUGGAACAUGUAAAAAAAGAAAUGGAUGAGAGAGGAUCUAGCAUGACUGAUGGGACACCUCUUAUUAAUAUAAAAAAGACGAUCACAAAAAUGAAGAAUGAAAUUUCUGAGAUGAAUGUUCGGAUCGGUGUAUUAGAAUACAGUUUAAUGUGCGCAAGAGUACGAGACCGAACUCAGUUACGGGAGGACAUGAAUAGUACAAGUGCUUCAGUAAUAAUCUAAGUUAUAAAGUAAUAUAACAUAUUUAUUAUUUGAUUACAUUGACAUAUAUUUUAAUCCGUCCAAUAUGUGAUAUUAUAUAAUGAAGUCCAAGUUUGAAAAGUUUUCGUAGAAUUCUGAAAUGUACUUUAAUGUGUUUGUAUUUAUACAUAUGAUGACAUUGAAAAGUCACAUUAAGAACAUUGAGAAUAUUAAGAACAGAAAUUACAUUCAGAUCUCGAUAUAAAAAAAUUUCUUUGAGCAUCAUAUUGUGGCAUAUCGAGAGUCCCGAAUGUUUAUUAUUAUCACGGGUCCAAUUAUUCUCUGCCUUCAAUAGAGUUGUAAUGAUAUAAUUAUAUGUAACUGAGAACACACACACACACACACACGCAUAUGCUGUUUGCAAUAUAAAAUAUAUGAAUUUUUCGUUCGCGUGUUAGCACUUUACAUACAUUUAUAUAUUAUAGCUCAUAACUGACAAUCGACACACAAUCACAAAAUGACUGUUUUAGUAAUAGGUUUUCUCUAUGUCAAAUAAAUCGUAUUUUUAUUGUUAAUAGCUAAAUCAA